AAAUCGUUCGACGUCGAAUACCACCGAUCUAGGCAGAACUGAUGGAACACAAAUCGUACUGCAGAUCGCCAGUCAGCUCCCGCUUCUUGACUGAAGUCCACCGUGCGGUUCAACAUACCAGAGCCGAUUCAUCUCGAAUGCAUCCCCCAACUGCGCCAUCCUCUCCGCACAGAUGUCCCUGUACGGCUUUGCGCUUGUCACUUCCAUCAACCUUUGAAUCCGCCUCCGCUCGGCCGCCUCCUGUGUGCGCGCCGUUCCCUGGCCCGUAAUAUGGAGUCUCUUCCCGCGGUGGACCCCGAACCUAUACCAGUCUGUUAGCACACUUUAUGCAUCCCUGGUUCACGACGGCUGUCUACUUGGAACAUCGACCCGUAUCGCUUUGCUUUCGACUUACACUAAUAGGGCCACCAUGAUACACACGAUGCAAAUGAUCACACCGAUAGUCACCCCUGAGGUAGAAUUGUCCCUUC